AUGAACUUCCACUUGAGGUAUAUGGCAGACGCUGCCAGGAAACAAGUCAACUACAUCUCACUAGACGAGAUGCCUAUAGGGCUUUGGAAUGAGCAGGAAAAAGGGGAAGAAGGAGAAAGACGUUUCGAACAGCUCAUGAGGUACCUCCUAGCCGAGAACCCUAACCUCUUCUACCGCAUCAAAUCGAAUGCCUGGACCAUAUGGCCCAUCAACACGGGGAACCACUGGAUGGUCAUCAUCCUGCGCAUGGCAUCGAACUUCCGUAAGAAGGGAUCACAGACGGUAGCGGCCGCCGCCAUCCUCGAACCCGGACACGGGCUGAACUGGAUCAAAGACGUGUGGCGCAGGGUGCGGAGGCUCCUCUCGUGCGCAGGAUUCACGGUGCGUAUCCAGGCGAGGCGGGAUGUGUGGUUUCCGGCCCAGCGGGAUCACUUCUCCUGCGGCUUAAGGGCGGUCGACCUCAUGCGGGUAUUCCUACAGCGCAUCGAGUCGGCACUGCUCCUGGGCAACGGCGACGAGCACGUGUGGGAGAACUUUAGCGGCAACCUGCAGCCCGACAAGGUGCGCGCGCUGAUGAUCGGAAUCUGCGCCGUCGAGGCCAUGCGCUUCAUCCACUGCGGCUCCGCGCGCACCCGGGUUGGCCUGCUCCCGUGUUUGAAGGUCCGUGGCUUUAUCGACUUCCACACCAACGCCGACAAAGUGCACAGGCCGAUGCUGGAACCGUACCAGGAACCGCCUCCUCCUGGCGGUAGCAGGACGAAGCGCGAGGCGCCUGUUGCCAUAGAAAAGAAUCCCUUGCUGGAGCAGAUCGAAGAUGAACUGGCUCGCCAAAAAGAGGCCGAGGGCCGGCCGCGCAAAAAGCCGCGGAGGGGUGAUGGACCUGUCAGUAUGAGGACGAGGAGCAAGUCGAAGAGGUCGGAGUUGGUACGGGAGUUCGGUUGA